AUGGAAGAAGAAAUCAGGCACCGCAAACUCCGUGAGAUCAUCCUGGUCAACAACUCCUUCAAUGUCAUGAAGUACUACAAUGAUGCUCACUCUAGAAAGCUAACGAAGAGCUUCAUCCCUGAUGUCAUCUCAGCAGUAGUCAAGGAGACUGACUGGAAGAAGAGCAUGGCUGUGCAAGGAAACAAGCGUGACUGCGAGAAUGCAGUCAUUCUAACUCUAAUCAGCAAGAUAGAGUACACCAUCUAA